AUGGAAGGGUUAAAAGAAAACAGCUGGGUUCUGAAAUCUCCCUUCAGCAUCACCAACCUCCUCCAAGACGUGGUCUCAAGCAAUGUCCCCCCGGGAGCUCUGUCAUCACCACUCGGGGAAGAGGAGACCCUGGCGGCCAGAGCAGCCUCCGUGGAAGAGCACCAGAGUUUGAGCAAAGAGGAUCUUCUUCCAGGGGAAAGGCGAGGGAAACACGAGAAGCCGCCUUUCAGCUACAACGCCUUGAUCAUGAUGGCCAUCCGUCAGAGCCCUGAGAAGCGGCUCACGCUCAAUGGCAUCUACGAGUUUAUCAUGGGGAACUUCCCUUACUACAAAGAAAACAAGCAAGGGUGGCAAAACUCCAUCCGACACAACCUCAGCCUCAACAAAUGCUUCGUCAAAGUGCCCCGGCACUACGAUGACCCCGGCAAAGGCAACUACUGGAUGUUGGACCCGUCCAGCGAGGAGGACGUCUUCAUUGGAGGUGCCACCGGGAAGCUGAGGAGAAGGUCCCCUGGAUCCCGAGCCAAGCUGGCCAUCAGGAGAGGAGCUCGGCUGGCGUCAUCCGGCAUGACACUUACUGGGUCCUUCUACUGGCCCCUUCCUCCUCUCUAUGGGACCCCCUCAACUUUCUUGGGUCACCAUCACCCCAGCUCCUUCUCUUCAAUGUUCCCAUACCAAGCCAUGACUCCUCCAGGGUUGCAGAGACAGACUGAUGGAGUAGAGCGUUCUUAUGGGAACCACCAACAUGUUGCCGCAACCAUGUUGGCUUCGGCCAUACCCUGCAGCCUCUCUGGACCGGACCAUCUGGACUCCUGUUCUCUUAAUUUUGUAGCAGGCCAGGCAAGUUACUUCUUGUCUCAGAGGCACCAUCACACUUUGCCGCUCAACUUGCAAGCUGGACUCCCGUCAAAAUGCACUGGAAAUCUCCUCCACAGAAGCCCUCUGACUUUCCCUGGACACCUUCCCCCAGAAUUCCCAAGCUAUUUCACUGUCCAGAACCAGGGAGCUCCAUUUCAUCCAAGUCAGCCUUGA